CCCUCGCCGGUCGCGCUUCGCACUCAGCUUCACAAAGUGUUCGGGAGUUGGAGGACUUGGCGUUUUCCCGGGAGCCGGACAGGAGAAGCGCCUAUAGGCCUAUUCGGUUUGUCUGGGAGCUCGGCUCAAACUGUCCCAGAAGAUGCUCUUGGCUCUGCUACCUCUCGUGGCUCUCCUGCUGCGCGACGACACGGCGGUCACCGCUAACAACAAUGGUCACGCGCUGGACAACGACAAAUGGCUGAGCGCCGCGUCUCAAUAUGACAAGGAGAGAUACUGGAACAAAUUCAGAGAUGAUGACUACUCGAAAAGCUGGGCAACUGCCAGGCCAUUUGAGUACAGCCCAGACACCACCAAGGACCCCUGUCUGAAGGUGCGCUGCCCUCCUCACAAGGUGUGCAUCAGCCACGACUACCAGAUGGCCAUCUGCACCAAUCACAAGCAUGUGAAGCCCAGGAAGGGAAGUCUAGGCAACAUACUCAGAUUUGAAGCUGGUGCUCAUGGGAAAUGUAGGCCAUGCUCAGUGCUCCAGGCCCAUCCAGUGUGUGGAUCUGAUGGACACACUUACUCCUCCCAGUGUAAACUGGAGUUCCAGGGCUGUUUGUCUGGGAAGAUGAUCUCUGUGAAGUGUGAGGGACCGUGUCCCUGUCUGCCUGGACAGGAGCUCAGCAAACCGACACAUAAGACUGAGAAGACUGUGUGCAGUGACACAGAGCUCCACAGCCUGGCCUCUAGGUUGAAGGACUGGUUUGGUGUUCUUCACCUUGACGCAAACCGAGACCUGAAAUCCUCUGACAGCUCAGAUGCCGCCACCGGACGCUUUGACACCAGCAUCCUGCCCAUCUGUAAGGACUCCCUGGGAUGGAUGUUUAACAAGCUGGACAUGAACUUUGACCUCCUGCUGGACCAAUCAGAGCUGAGUGCCAUUUACCUGGACAAGUAUGAGCUGUGCAUGAAGCCUCUCUUCAACUCCUGCGACUCCUUUAAGGACGGCAAACUGUCCAACAACGAGUGGUGCUACUGCUUCCAGAAGUCCGAGGGAUUGCCUUGCCAAAAUGAGAAGAGCAGGAUUCAGAUUCAGGGCCAAUGGAAGAGCCUUAUAGGAGCCUACAUUCCUCGUUGUACUGAGGAGGGAUACUUCAAGCCAACCCAGUGCCACGGCAGUACUGGUCAGUGUUGGUGUGUGGACAAAUAUGGCAACGAGAUCGCUGGCUCUAGAAAACAGGGCAACCCCAACUGUGAGGAGGAUCAGGAGACCUCGGGUGAUUUCGGGAGUGGGGGUGCAGUUAUUCUGCUUGAGGACCAGGAGGAGGAGCCAUCACAGAGUGGGCGGGGCAGACAGAAACAGAGGCGGGGCCACAUCCACCCCCGGGGAGCAAUUGAGGAUGAUGAGGAUCAAGAGGAGGACAAAGAAGAUGACACUGGUUAUGUGUGGUAG